CAUUCUACCGGAAGUACACGGCAGUCAUGUUGUAAAUAAACUGUUCGACUUUUACAUUUAUUUGUAGUCUUAUGGCAUUCGGUUUAGAAAAUAUACGAUUGUAAUUUGUACAUACUGAAGUGCUCGAUUAAUCUGGCAACGCAUUAGUUUAGGAAUUUGUAUUUGCACAUAUAAACUUUGGUUAGUUAGGCACCACUCAAUUGGUAACAUUACUGCCCUUUAACCUCCAUAAUGUGGGAUGUUGAGAUCAGGGGCAUGGCAUCGGCUCAUGCCAUUAUUGCCUCCUCCAUCUUCAUGGCAACUGUGAUGCCUGCUGUGUUUGUGGAAAACUUCUCUGUUUAUGGGAGCCACAUGGUUUGGCUGUAUUGUGUGGCUGGAUCUGUUGCUGUGGUCAACAUCGCAGUGUUUUGGCUUCUUGGCAUCAGCCCACCGACAAAGAAGAACACGCUGAGCUACAAGAUCAACAGAUUGUUCAAAUCCUGUCUGUACUUUGUACUGUCAUGCCUCUUCUUUCAUACUGUGGUGGUACUAUACGGAGCACAUUUGCUUGAGUCAGCUCUGGAGACAUUUUCUCUGGCCGUGCUGCUGUCCACCCUCACUACACUGAGAUGUCUCUGUAUCCUGGGUCCUAAUGUACAGGCUUGGAUCCGGGUUUUCAGCAGAGAUGGGGCGAUGUCAGUGUGGGACACCUCUCUUCAGAUUACCACUGGCUGUAGUGUGAUUGGGGCCUGGUUGGGAGCUUUCCCUAUUCCUCUCGACUGGGACAGACCCUGGCAGGUUUGGCCCAACUCCUGUACCCUUGGGGCAACUACUGGAUUUCUAACGGGCCUCCUCGCUGCUCCUGUCUGGAUACACUGGCAUCGCAAACAACUCACAUACAAGCUCAAGUGAGGAAAAGAAGGACACAAUCACAGGCCACAAGGAACUGAGAAAGAAAGAGAUCCAGACUGGAGUCAAAAAACGACUGUCCAUCCCAGUACAUGCUAAGAAAUGCUGC